UCUCUCUCUCUCUCUCUCUCUCUCUCUCUCUCUCUCUCUCUCUCUCUCUCUCUCUCUCUCUCUCUCUCUCUCUCUCUGUGAAGGGUUCAUAAACCAUGCAUAUUCAACUGCGUGCUCAUUUCCGUAUCGGUUGUGGUGUAUGUGUAGCUGGGAAAGAGACCUCCUCGGGUGCAUCGACGCCAAAGGUGAUUGGCAGGGCUGCGACGUUCCAUGAUAAGUAUUGGGCGCUCGAUUGGCACCUGGGCAUCAAAGUCCCCUAUUGCGGCCCGCUCGUGUUCUUGAGAGAUUCCAGCGGGGCUUACUACCCCUGCGGUGGAGUGAAGAAUUACGCGUUUGAUAAACUGGAGGUUGGUGAGGAGUACAUGAGAUUUCACCUCACCACUUGGGUCGACGCUGAUGGUAACGAGGAACCGGACAACUACAAACAGGUGUCACUGCAUUUGCAGAAGUUCGUCGGGUACGGCAUACGGGCCGCUGCUAUGCCUCCUUUUGAUAAGUCGCGGAAAAAAGACGGAUCGCAGGUUGUGAUGCUCCGCCCUUUCGAUUUUCUCAAGAGAAUUAACUGCCACAAGGUGUCUAGCCAUGUGUGCACGGUGGAAAGCAAAUUGGCGCUCUCGGAACCCCUCAUACCGUUCGAUAUUCAACUUGAUGAGUUCGCAUCGAAGCUCCGGUCUUAUACAUUGCAGGCGUUGGGCCAGGCUAUUCUACACAGUGCGAUCUCUGUUGGGUCGCCGCAUGGCGGUGGGGACCCGGAUGCUCGACAAAUCAGCUCGGUGGGAAUUACCGAACGUGAUAAGGUCGUAGAGAAGUCUGAGAAUGUCCAGAAGUCUGAUCUCGCGCCACGUUCGCUAACGAAUACGGUGUCCAAACGGUUAUCGCCGGGUCUGAAGCGAUGGCAAGGUCCGGCGGAAGUUUUGUCUUCACGUCAUGAUGGUGGCAGCGAAGUUGGCGAGGAUCCUGAGAAGACGGCGGACGACUUAUCAGCAGAGCAACCUGUGCUUGAGAGAAAUGCUGAAGGGAACGAAGGACAUGACGAAGACGAAGACGAUCAGUUCACUGGCUACGACGGUGGUGACGGUGACGAACAAGGAGUCGGGGACGGCGAGGAAGGGGUGGAAGACCAGGACGGAGGGGACGACAACGACGGUGGGGAUGACGAGGAAGACGGUGACGACCAUCGUGGGCUCAAAGAUGACGAUGACGACGAGGGAACUAAGGUUCGGGGAGCGGAGGACGAAGACAGCUACGAAGCGGGGAGCGAAGGGGAAGAGGACGAAGCCAAUGAACACGGAGUGUCUGUCAAUGAGUCUCACAAAUGCGCCGACUGUCAGAGGCUUCGCUCUGGAGACGAAGUCGUCCUCAACACACAGAGAUCAGUAUGCUCGCGGAAGAGAAAAUCGAGAGCUAGUGGUGACGAGGAGCAGAGGCGAAGACAGUCGAAGUUGAUAGGUUUGGCAACUUCGGAGGAGGCGUAUAAGAAGGCAUUGGAUGCACAGUCGGCGAAGCCGGCGAAGGAAAAGCGCGAACGACCACGUUCUUCCCAACGACCAAAGAAGAAAGCAAAGACAGACGGUGGAAAGGAAGUUGCAGACUCCGGGGACGAGGCGGUCGGUGUUGACCCUCGAGAUAAUACGUCCAAACCGGAACAGUUGGUGUCGGAUGCUAUCGACACAACGAGAUGUUUCUUUAUGGAGUAUGAUGACGACGGCAAUGCGAUCGACCGGUCUGUUCAGGUGUUCGUAGAUGUGCGCAAGAUUUUGCCGAACCCAGACAACGGGGAAUUCCAGUACAAUCACAGACCCCUGAACGAGAUGUUGGUCGCCUCCAUCAAAGACGCUAUGGAACGGCCAGAGAAACAGAAAGAGUGGGACAAAAACACCUUUCAUUCUGGCUCCUGUUAUAGAAGUCACGCGGAACGGGCAGAAACAGUGGCAACGUUUGAAACCCAAGGACUAGAGGGACGAGGAUGUCAGUUCGUACCAUUGGUACUCUGUGGCAGGCCAACACACGGCGGAAGCUGCGAAGAGGUUGGAGCGAGCGAACUCUCCCGCUGCCAGGAAAUGGGGCGUGCGGUCAUGGAAAGCGCGGCGAUGGGCAUCUGGCGAAAACAAAAGAUGACAAGGUGGCGCAGCAACAAAACUAUCACGCUUUUCUGCGCAAAGGCGAUACGGAUGACACCAGACACCGAGCUUUGGAAUCAGUCGCUGAACAACAAAUUUGUCCGUAAUUGGUCCAACCUCUUGAGGCCGUUCAUGUGCCUUGCCACCAAUGGCAACGCAGUGUGGCAGUUGGUGAACCGGUUCUUCGACAUGUGGGAGAAAGGGGAAUUGCCUGGGCAGGAUGGAGUCAGGCCGGUUGAUCAAGAGGGGAGGCCAGGCGAGGCGUCCGGUGCAGGUCCAGCUGCCAAAACAGUGAAAUGGAAAAAGGAACUGGUGCACUACGUGCAGUCGAACAAAAGUCCAAAUGGGUACUAUGUGUGUGUUCAUGACCCUCCCGCGAGCGCUUGGAAAGUGUUCGGGGAUUUCACUGCUAGGGAGAUGGAGAUGGCAUUGGAUUUGAUUUUGGCAGGGAAGGUCGUUGUCACCACCGACAGGACUUUCGCCAAGAAACUGAUGAACAUGAACGACCUAUACACAGAAGUGCGCAGGGAGAGAUACAUGGUGCGCAUGUUAAACUACGUGCUCUUCAAGUUGGAACGCAGGGGACAACGUGAGUGGAAUGACGAUUUCUUCAUCGAGUAUGAUGAUAUUAUGAAGAGGUUUAAGCCGCACGGGUUGACGAAAGAGAAAUGGGAGAAGAAGAAGAUGAAACUUCCAGUUGAGAGAACGAACAACGUGCCGAAACGACUGGGGGGGGUGGAUGAGGGAAAGUUGGGACAGGGGAAUGUGGGGGGGUACAAGGUGACGACUGAAAUGUAUUUUGAGUGUCCGUACUUCAUCAAUCUGUUCCUGCAUGAGAUAGUGGGAGCAGUGAGCCAGUUGAAGGACGAGCUUCAGCGUGUCAACGCAAAUGCACAACAUAUACUGUGGGAUAAGCGGAAGUGUAAUACAACGUAUUUGCCUGUGUGCAUGGCGCGGUUGGAUGGGCUGCAAACGACAGAGGAUCUGACUCGUGCUGCGAAGAAAUUGAGUUGUCACCUUGCGGUGCUGGACCUGGCUCCCCACAAUAAUCUGGAUUCAUGGACGGAGCAGAGGUUUGUGGAACUUCAGCAAAUGAUGAUGACUCUGUGUGGGACACAUUGGACACUCAUCAUUUUCGGUAGAUUGAAGGGCGAGGACUACAUUCUGAGGAACAUCUUCAGAAAGAUGCGCCGCAUCGACGCAAGGAUCUAUAACGAAGCGUUGGAACCUGAAGACCGUUUCGAUAUAAUGGACAAUGAGGAGGAUACCGAUGAUGACGAGAUCGACCUGCCGCUGCCUGAUGCAAGAAACCACGCAACUGACAAGAACAUGCGCACCGGGGCCUUAUCGGGGGGGGACCGGACGGUGGUUGAAGUCGGGGGACCAACAAUGGCCAGCUGCAAAACCGCCCAGCUCACACAUACGCAGACGUCAUCCGCAGGAGAUGGUACCGAGGCAAGCACUUCGAAAUGGAAAGACAAGAGAGGCGCCCCAAGGUUUCCAACGCUGAUGCGGCAAAUGUUCGACCAUGUCAUGGAAAUGCCAACAGAGAACCAAACUCGUGGUCAACAUGACGAUGCGGGGCCCGAGGAGGAUGACAUGUGUCAGGAGGAUAAUCCGCUGUUCCACAUUCCAGAUGACGAGGACAAAGAUCUAACUCCUGGAGAUGAAGUCGAAAGUCACAUGAAGGAGAGCAAAGGAGGACCUCACUUUUUGGACACCAAGUUCACAGAGACCGAGGCAAAAAAGGGUGCAGGAGAGCAAGAUAUUAGCGAAAAUGUGAACUCCGUAUUUGAAGCGCUGCUUCAAAACAAUCUUCUGGAGUAUUGCGCUGCUUUCUAUGAGAGAAAAUCGAGCCCUUCACGAGGACAGAUCAGAUGGGCAUUGGAGUGUCGUCAGACAGAACAAAUGUACGACAGUGACAUAUUGGUGGGGUGCACUCAAGCCAUGGAAGAGAAUAUCCGCAAUGGGUCUAGACAAGGAGCCGUUAAGACGAGUGUUGCUGAAAAGGAAGCGCGUGAGAGGAAGGACGUCGAAUGUAAAGAACAGGGAACUCAUGAGACAUCAGUCGAUGAGCUACUAAAAACGCCGUUUUCUGAGGGCGUUGGUGCGGUGCCAAGGGAAAAGAUGGUAAGUCCGGGAUGUGGUGGGGAAGAGGCAGGAAAUACAAAGGAACAGGGGGAAAAGAAGGCCACAACCGACGAAGAUGCAGGAGAUGCCGGAGAUGGGGGUGCCCAGCGGGUGCCCAGUGGAUUGGGAGACCCGCUUUCGGCAGCCAACACAGGCAUGUCGUCACAUGGAGGAUGGAGUAGGGGGGAGCACGAUACGGGAGAUGCACUGGUAUUUGGAGGAGCAAGCCCGCGGGACACUACCAAGCCUUUGGCGGAUAACAGAGAUGAGGGGGACAAACUUCUGCACAUGGUAUGCACUGGCUCUGGCUCGCAGAUAGCACUAGACUUGAUGGAGAGGGAAGAAGGUGGUGGUAUGGAGGGAGUUCGUAUGACACAUGGUCGUGAAACGGGAAAUGAUGAUGAGGAAGCUGACGGGGAUGCAAACCUCGAACACAACAUGGACGUGGACAACGAGGAUGGAUUGGGAAAGGAAGCUUCCUGCCGUGGCUGAUCCGGCUGCAGCAGUUCGAACGUGAUCAACUUGAUCGAGCAAUCAGGUGAGAACGGAGGAAAGUCACACAGUG